GUGGGUGCCUGUUGCUGGGUGACGGUAUCCGGUGGCUGGUUUGGGCCUGAGCGAGCGGGAGCCGCAUGGAGAGUUCAGGGUGAGCGGCAGAGGCAGAGUCCGAGCACUGGGCCCCCGUAGCUCAACGUGUUUCCGCCGCCUGCUGGCCCCAAUGGUUUUCCUCAGGUGUUUCCCGCCCCCGGCCGAGGGGGUGCGGCUCCAGCAGCCCGAGAUUGCAGCGGUGCUGGACGGCAAGGGCCUGGGCACAGGCACCUUGUAUAUUGCCGAGAGCCGACUGUCUUGGUUUGAUGGGUCUGGAAUGGGAUUUUCUUUGGAAUAUCCAACCAUUAGCUUACAUGCUGUGUCUAGAGAUGUGACUGUCUAUCCACAGGAACACUUGUAUGUGAUGGUGAAUGCCAAGUUAGGAGCUGAGGAAUGUAAAGAAGCAAACAUGGAUGAAAAGGCACCUGACGGGGAGGAGGUGGAAGAUGACGACGACGACACAGACCCAAUCACUGAGGUUCGAUUUGUGCCAGUGGAUAAAUCAGCAUUGGAGCCGAUGUUUACCGCAAUGUGUGACUGCCAAGCCCUACACCCUGACCCAGAUGACACUGACUCAGAGAAUGAUUUUGAAGAGGAUGACGAAGAGGGCGAGGAGUACGAUGUGGAGGCACAUGAGCGAGGACAAGGAGAUGUUCCCACCUUUUACACAUAUGAAGAAGGCUUCUCCCAUUUGAACCCUGAGGGGCAGGCAACUCUGCAAAGACUUGAAGGCAUGUUAGCUCAGUCAGUCAGUCAACAGGCAUUUCAGAUGGCUGGUGUGCGGACAGAAUCCUCUGUUGACAAUGAAGAUGGGAUGGAGGUGGAUGUUGCUCCAGUGGAAGCCGGACAGUUUGACGAUGCUGACGUUGAUCACUGAUGAGCUUCAAACGAAAGGAGUAUCUAACUUGCGAACUCUGCAUCCCAUUGUGACGCAACAGUGGGUCAACCUGAAUAACGGAAGCUUCAUAAUUAACAUGCGGAAGAAAACGCAAAAAGGACAGCUGCCUAACUUGGUUUAUAUGUAACUAAACUGUUCUUAGGGGGAGGGGGUAAAACGUGUCCUGUAUUGACAGUUAUCACUUAAAUUGCUCAAUAUAAGUUGGGAUGCGAUACUUUGUGUAGUGCUGUUCCCAUAUUGUGUACGUCACGUUUUGUGUCAAUGAAUGUUACAAGAUUACGAUGUUAAGUAAAACUUCUUUUGUACUGAGUGGAUAACUGAUUUGGGGGACCUGGGGAGGGGGCUGAUUGUAAGAAUUGGAGGGUGUCCCAGCAAGUUUCAGGCAUAUUUUCUGAUUGUAUUUUUUUGCCAUGUAACAAGGCACAAUAAUAUAGUUCAAAAAUGUUUUUAAACUAAAAUGUUAACCCUGAUAGUUGUAAUAGCUGGUCAAUAAUUGUACUUGGAACAAAACCACAGACUUUUUUUUUAGGGAAUAAAUAAAUUGUUAAAUUUGUACCUCCACA